GGAACAAUGGCUGUACCUGUAAACCCAAUGGACGAGCCCAGGAUAUACCAACAGACGCUGCUCCAGGAUGGCCUGUAUGACCUGCUGGAGAAUGACAAGCUUGUUGACUGUGUCCUGAAGAUCAAAGACAAGGAGUUCCCUUGCCACCGGCUGGUCCUGUGUGCCUGCAGCUCCUACUUCAGAUCCAUCUUUCUGUCUGAUAUGGAGGAGAGCAAAAAGAGAGAGAUUGUCUUGGAGGAUGUGGAGCCUGGUGUCAUGGGCCUGGUCCUGAAGUACCUGUAUACCUCCAACAUCAACGUAACUGAGCAGAAUGUUCAGGACAUCUUUGCUGUGGCCAACAUGUUCCAGAUCCCCUCUAUUUUCACUGUAUGCGUCUCAUUCCUCCAGAAGCGACUGAGCCUUAGCAACUGCCUGGCUAUCUUCAGGCUGGGCCUGAUGUUGGACUGUCCCCGGUUGGCCGUCUCUGCCCGUAACUACGCCUGUGAGCGCUUUCAUCUCAUUGCCAGAGAUGAAGACUUCCUCCAGUUGGGCCCCAGUGAGCUGGCAGCCAUCUUAACAUCUGACACGCUGAAUGUAGAGACAGAAGAGACAGUGUUUGAGGCUUUGAUGAAGUGGGUGUUCCAUGACACAGAGAAUAGAAAAAAAGAGCUUCCAGGUCUUCUGGAUUGUGUUCGUCUGUGUCUGGUGACCGAGGACUAUCUGUUGGAGACAGUGGAGAAACACAAACUGAUCUCCUCCGAUCCUGAGAUACAGCAGAAACUGCAGCAGGUUAGGGAUGCUCGUGCUGGAAAACUACCAGAAGUCAAAAAAAACAAAAGUAAAAAGGAGAAAAAGACAACAGAGGAUGGUGGAGCACAGAAAGAUGGUGAGAAUGAGGAAGAGGAGGAGGAGCAAGCUCUUCUUCCAGGCAUCCUGAAUGAUAACCUGCGAUUUGGCAUGUUCCUCAGGGACUUGAUGUUCAUGGUGAAUGACACGGGUGCAGUGGCCUAUGACCCUGCAGGAAAUGACUGCUUUUUAGCAUCACUCUCCACACAGAUCCCCAAGAACCAUGCCAGCCUGGUGACCAAGGAGAAUCAGAUCUUUGUGGCAGGAGGAUUAUUCUUUGAUGAACAGAACAAGGAAGACCCACUGAGCGCUUACUUCCUACAGUAUGACCCGGUCAGUGCUGAUUGGCUUGGGAUGCCUCCCAUCCCGUCCCCCCGCUUCCUUUUUGGGCUGGCUGAGGCUGAGAACUCCAUCUUUGUGUUGGGAGGGAAGGAGCUGAAGGACCAGGACCGCACACUGGAUUCUGUUCUGGUCUAUGACAGACAAUCUUUCAAAUGGGGUGAGUCAGACCCAAUUCCCUAUGCAGUCUACGGACAUGCAACUGUGUCCCACAAUGAUGUUAUUUACGUGAUUGGAGGAAAGGAAGACAACAAGACCUGUUUGAAGAGAAUGUGUGCGUAUGAUGCCAGACGUUUUGAAUGGAAGGAGCUGGCUCCCAUGAAGACUGCACGAUCGCUGUUUGGAGCCACUGUUCACAAGGACAAGAUAUACGUGGCCGCAGGGGUCACUGACAAUGGCCUAACAAACACUGUGGAGGUGUAUGACAUCGCUACCAACAAGUGGUCAGACCUUUUGGAGUUUCCUCAGGAGCGUAGCUCUCUGGGCCUGGUGUCUUUGGGUGACUCACUAUAUGCUGUAGGUGGUUUUGCCAUGAUGCCUGAAGAGGACAGUGAGGAGUUCAUUCCCAAAGAGAUGAAUGACAUCUGGAGGUAUAAUGAGAGUGAGAGGAAAUGGAAUGGGGUCUUAAGAGAGAUCAAGUACGCUUCAGGGGCCACUAUUCUGGCGGUACGGCUCAACACCCUACGUCUCACCAAGAUGUAA